UUCCACAGACGUACGUUUAGCAUCAGCUGACUGGAUGUCGGCACAUAAAUGCGAUGUGGCUUUGUCCGUGCGUUACAAGAGUCGGCCACAAUACAUCAGUACAGACAUUCUCAGUUGAGGCAAACCUUCCUCGCUCGGCUGGUGGACCAUCAACGAUGAAAAUCGAGAACAGUAUUUUUAAGGCGGCGACUAAGAUAUGGAACUACAUGCUAAUGAAUCAUGAAAUACGCAAGAGUGACGUCAUCCUUGCACUGGGGAACAAUGAUGUACGUACGGCACAGCAUGCUGCGCACUUGUUCAAAGAGGGGCUCGCAGACUGGCUCAUGUUCUCUGGCAAGGAUGGAACAUUGACGACAGGGAAAUGGGAUCGACCGGAAGCAGAAGUGUUCCGCGACGUGGCCCUGAGUGCGGGGGUCCCAGACAACAAGAUCAUCCUGGAGACGGAAGCCACAAACACAGGCGAGAAUGUCGUGUUUUCUCACACAGUCCUGGAAUCUCUCAACAUCAAGCCCAAGAAAAUCAUUCUAGUGUCAACUCCUUAUAUGGAACGUAGGGCGUAUGCCACUUUCAUGAAACAGUUUCAAGGGGCAACGUCAAUGGACGUGGUGGUGACGUCACCGGAAGUAACGCUCCAGGCAUAUCCAAACAAGGAGGUCGGGUCUCUGAAUGAAAUCAUCAGUGUGAUGAUGGGAUGCAUGCAGAGGUGCAGGGUGUACCCAGAAAAGGGCUUCCAGAUCCCCCAGGACAUUCCGAAUGAUGUGUGGGAGGCCUACGAGUCCCUGAGAGACCUUGGAUGUUUUAACAGCAAUCUCAUCUGACGUACGCCCCCAUGACCUUCACCGAUAUUCGACGCCAUAUAUGACCGUUAUUUCGAAGUCGAUUUAUAUACUUGUACUGACACACUCAUGUCUGUUAGCGACGGGCCUUGGAGUCGCCUCUGACAAGCGGUAAAGUUUCUUUGGCUACGUGUAUAUAGCCAUGUGUGAUGACCGCACGCUGUGCUCCCCACUUCAUUCUCUCACUUGACGUGAUGUUGCUGCAACAUUACAAUAUACACUUGGUUAUAAGAUUCACGUCUAUAUUCUAUUGUCACAAAACCAGCAAAGAAGUACCACAGAUGGUAAGGCAUUACAUGGACCGUCCACUACCAGCGCACUACUUGGAUGUAAAGUAAUUCUUAAGGGUUUAACGAGUAGUUUCAAUACGUUUGGACACAUAAUUUUGGUUUUCAGAAAAUGUUCUUGAACAUCGAGAUGACUGUACAAUAACAGUUUAUAUAGAACAUUGUUCAGGGGACGAAACACGAACGCUCUCUUCAUA